AUGCACUUGAGGAAAAACAAGCGCUGCUUGGUCACCACCGAAGGGGCGGACCUUGACGCCACUAGGCCCACCAGGAGUGCCGUUGGCUUCACCUGGGCCCCUGCUGCACGCUCAGCAGGUCCAAUGCCUUUUUGGGCCACCUUGCAGCCGCCAGACCUGCACCAAGAACCGCCACGCUCUUUAGUGCGACCGGUUUGGCCGACACCGCCGCCUAGAGCGGUUCUGCACAAGCAGCCCCAUUUGGAGGUCUUUGUCCGACAGCUUGUCAUCUUCGGCCUCCGCUCCCAGCCGACUUUCGAGGAAUGGCCCAUCGGGUUGCUUGAUAAGUCUGUGGUUGAUGUUGUUAGGUGCGCUCUGGCCGCAGCAGAUUUUGUCCUAGCGCGGAGCGCGGGAUCCUUCAAAAGCGGUAGAUGGAACUGUGGAGUUUGCCACGGUCGCGUUUUCCCUGACUCGAAAGAUCAGGUUACAGAUCUACCCACACAGUGGCAGAUCUGCGUUCAACAGACGUCGCGCUGA